AUGAGACCGCCCCCACGAAGCUUUCUCCGAAGACUGCCGCAGCCAUGUAAAAAGAAACAAGCCCAACCACAGCGCCAACCAUGGCUCGCAUACGGCGCCGCCUUGGGCAAAUCCGAUCUGGAAGUGCGCCUCGAGCAGGAAGCGGGCGAAACGCUUUUCCCUCGCACCUCGGCCUCCCUCCUCAACCGCACAAAAGCCUUGCAGGUCAAGGAGUUCCUUAGUGCUCCCUGGAACACGCUCCAAGUCCGCUUCGACUGCCCUCCAGCCAAGCGGCCCCAUCUGGAUGACUUCAACCUGCACCUAUGGAUGAGCUUGGCCGAUCCAACCGACCGCAAGACUGCCAAAGUCUUGUGGAGGCUGUACACCAAGCUGCACUUGACUUCGCCCGACUUCCUGCGCGCCCUGUCUUCCAAAGUCUGGGACAUUCUGUGGCGCACACAAUCUCUUCGCACCAUGGCCGAGCCAAAAGUCGUUGCCCAUUUAACCCAGUUGGCCGAGCACAUGCAGACUGCAGGACACAAGGCCACCUUUGAACAACGCCUCGUUCACAUAGAGACCCUCUUCGGCCAAGGAGCACGCGAAGCAGCCCUCGAGAAAUGGGACCAGGGCUACCAAUCUGGCACCCAGGACAGCUGCAGGCCUGACUAUCUGGAGCUCGGCGUCCGCAUGCAUGCCGUCGCUGGAAACGUCAUGCGCGCCCAGGAGCUUCUCGUCGACUUGUUUGCCUCCCACCCGACGCUGAAUCCACGCCUGAUCCUGUAUGUCUUCGAUGCCCACUUGCAAAAGUCCUCCAAUGGCACCAGCCACGUGAAGCAGGCUUGGGCCCUCUACCUGCACCUGCAGCAUCUUCUUGGAGACGACAUGGCAGUGAAGGACUACGAACGCUGUUACGCUGCCUUCUUGAGAUACGGCCACCGCGAGCAUGCCCUGGCCGUUUUCCGGGACAUGAUGGCCGCCGACGAACUUCGUGGUCCUGGAGGCUACAAGGCCAACGCAAGCGUCCUGAAAGGCUUCAAUGACCUGACCGCUGUUCUCCACGGCGCAGACCAGCUGAACCAAAUCUUCCUGAGCGGUUUGUCUUCAUUGCCGAAAACCCACCAGAACAAGUUCUUCUACGCCAAGUGGAUCGACCGCUUGGUCUCGGCCGGAGAUGUCGACGCAGCAGCCCAGGUAUUGGAGCUGAUGUUCGAGCGAGACGUACAGCCCCGCGCUCGCCACCUCAAUACCCUGAUUAGGGGGUGGAUCCAGACUCGAGACCCCAGCAACCUACAGAAGGCUGAGACCUUGGCUCUCCAGAUGGUCGUCCAACGCAUCAACCUGGUGCAGCGUCGCAACAGCCCGGCCCAACAUAGAGUAUCCGAAAGACUAAAGCCGCGCCAAAAGCUGUUCCUGCGUCGCACCCUCCCGCCUGCUACGAGCGAAACCUUCGCUUCCUUGAGACAAAUCUGCUUGCAACGAGGCGAUGAACAGACGCUCGCGAGCAUCCAGACUUGGCAAAUUGUGCACGCAGAGCUUUCCACCACCACUGGAGCACUCAACACCCAACUAUCCUUCUACCUCCAGCGCGGCCACCUCCGCGAAGUCUGGCGUACCUUCAAACGCGACGUGCUCAGCCGGCCCUCGCAAAAAAUAAAACCCGCCAAUCCCGACACCGGUACCUUCGCCCUCCUCUGGGAAGCCUCACACUUCAAGCAGCGCACCUUUGGCCGCAGCUCGCCCUAUCAACCUCGAUCCUCGCACACAUCCUUCCCACCCCCGUCCAUCAUCCUCAGGCACACGCUGACCUGGCUCUCCACCCUCUCCGCACGCAACCCUUCCGCUCACGCCUCUACUCUCGCCGAACUCUCUCGUUCGCGCAUUCCCAACCGCAUCAUCGCCACAUACACGGCCUGGAACGACCUGACGGGAGCUCUCGUCGCUCUGCACGUGCUGCGCCACAAUUUUCGCCAACCUGCGCCAACCCAGUAUGCCACCAACCUGCUCGCGCGCACCCUCGCGCGCCUGGGCUUCCCGUCAGCCGACAUUCGUUCCCGAACCCCGGCCCGCCGCCGCCAACUCAACACCUCGGCCGGCCUGCAUUACAACCUUGAUAAGAUCCUGCGCGCCCUGCACGCCCUGUUGCAGCGACGUUUCUCUGCUUCUUCCUCCUCCUCCCCCUCAUCCCAGCAAAAUGCCGAGACGAGGAGGGCCGGGGAGAAUGUGAACAAGGAGAAACCGGAAGCCGACGACGACCCAAACCGCAACAACGCGACGAUCCUGCUGAACGCGCUGAGCGAAUUGACCCGCGCCGUGCUGUUGCGGCAGGGCAUACCGCCUGCCAAGAUCGAAGCGCGUGUCGGCGGCCUUAAGAGGAGCCUCGGCGUCGAUCCCGCCAUGCCAACAGGUGAUAAGACGGCUUGGGAGGUUGCCAAGGAGCUGGGCAUGGUGUAA